AUGUCUCGUGGUCAGGUCCAGAAGCAAUCUCCCGGCGGUGGCUGCAUCGUCAUGAAGUCUCCCAUCGAGAACGGCUGUGUGGUCACCAGAACCCCGGGAGCCGGCUGCGAUAUCAUGAAGCGCUCUCCUGGCGGUGGCUGCGUCGUUAUGAAGUCUCCCGGUGGCGGCUGCGUCGUCAUGAACCGUUAG